GUUGAUUGUGAGCCUAACAAAAAGUGGAAGAGUGGCCUCGAAGUUGGUAUCGAGAACGACUUGUGUUCCAUGGUCAACGAGACCAAGCAGAAUCUCAACGAUACCUUUGGGAACGGCCCAAUCAGUACUGUCGAGCGCGAGCGGUUGUCCGAGUCCGAGGAAUACAUUACUCCUAUGAAGAGCAUUCGUGAUAUUGCCGAGGAGCAGCUCCCUAUUGCACUAAAACGUGAAAGCCAG